UAAGCACUGAAAGGCAAGCUAGCAUCAUUUCUCUCUUAAGAGGAUGGCACUUCUCAAGAUGUCCAGGGUUUACCUGUUUUGGUUGUAUCUAAUGUCCUCUCAAGAUCUGAGUGGAUGCUGCUUUGACGCAGUCUGGCAGCUGCCAAGGCUGAGCAUAAGGCAUCUGCAGGCUAUGAGUGACAAGCAAAGCCUCACAGUGAGCUGGCAGUUGAACCACAGCAGCUUAGUGGAGGAUGUUUAUGAGAUCCAGAUUGGCCGCACUGAAAACAACACCAUCACUUACAAUAGAAUUUUUAGCGUACCUAUCAUGGAUUCACAUAACCACACAUGGACCUCUGACCUGCCUCUGGAGUGUGUUGAUCACUCUGUCAGGAUACGACUUUUCUACAAUCAGUCUGUCUGGACUCCAUGGAGUGAUUGGAAAACAAAUAAAGGAUACCAGGGGGAAAAUGGGACCAAGAUUUUUCCCUCUGGGCAGGUGCUGAGAGAAGGCACCAGUGCCAUGUUCUGCUGUGUUCCCCCAAGAGGAGUCAAUAUUACCAGUAUUACCAUCAAUAAUAUCAAACACCCUCUUAUCAGCAUUAGUGACAGGGUCAAGGCUAUCCUUGUAGAAAACCUGACCAAACCAGAGACAAUCAUUGACGCUCUAUUAAUCAACUGUAGUGACAACACAGGAACCUUGAGCCGCACAUGGAACUACCUGAGCUCUCCUCCCCAGAAGCCCAGAAACUUCAGCUGUGUGACUGCAGACAUGAAAACUAUCACUUGCAGCUGGCGUUCAGACAGAAAGCCAGAGCGGGAUAAACACAACAAGAAAACAUACACGCUGCAGAUACAGAAUUCAGACCAGGCUCCCAUCCUCUGUGAACAGUUGUCUUGUACUUUUUCAGCAAUCCCCCAGCUGGAAGAAUACAACAUCAGAGUGGUGGUUAAAGACACGCUGGGAGAAGAGACAGAGAGCUACAGUUUUAACAUCUCUGACAGAGUGUCUCCAUCUGUGGAGUGGUAUACAAUAAGCCCUCAGGCGACAGACUCCACUGUGUCCUGGUUCACACAUGGGAACUUGACUCAAAUGAGCCUCCUCUGUCAGGUCACCACAGUCCCAGAAAGCACAAAAGAGUCUGUUUGUUUGUGGCAGAUUAAAUGCAGCAGUGUUAGUGGGUUCUGCAAAGCCAAACUGGAACAUCUGCUACCCAACACCCGGUACACUGCAAGGGUGCGCUGUUCUGCUGAUGGCAAACUUUGGGGACAAUGGACUAAACCUGAAGCCUUCAAAACUGAUCCUUUGGUGACCUUGGAUGUGUGGAGGAGAAUUAAACAGCUGCCUGAAGCAAACAGUCGUCAAGUUACUCUAGUGUGGAUUCCACUUGUUCCUGGCUCAGCAGCAAGUGUAAACAUUAAAGGCUACAAAGUUCAGUGGUCACUGGGAGGCAAAAACCAACAAAAGGACAGUAGACAGACCCAGGCAACGCUGCCUGUCGGUCCAGGACAGUGUGACUUCUCUGUCCUGGCUGAGGUUGACGGGGGCUUCUCUAUCCCUGCUCACAUCACUGUCCCACAGAGAGAUGACCAAGAAAAGAAAACAUCCGAAACGCGGUUGAGCAGCAGCUCAGCAGCUGGUUUCAAUGUGUCCUGGGAACAUGAUGAAAAUGCCACCUGUGGAUACACGGUGGACUGGUGCAUUUUGGGAAAUGUAGAACCUUGUAUUCUGCAGUGGGUGAAAGUACCACAGAACAAAAACUCAGUAUUCCUACCUGGGAAGGAUUUCAAACCAGGCUGCAGGUAUGCAUUUAAUAUCUUUGGAUGCAGGGAAAAUGGACACCAACUACUAGAGAUACAGACUGGAUACCUACAAGAGCUCCAAUCGGUGCUGCCCCCAAGUCUAGUUGAACUUGUUCAGAGAACUUCCUCAUCUGUGACGCUGGAGUGGCGCUUCAAUGAGAAUGAUGCAUCUCAUCCAGCAUUCAUCACCGGUUACUUUAUCUCUGUGCAGGAGGUGCAGGAAGUAGGAACUGAUAAGCUGUCAGGUCAUGCUUCAGAUCUGUUCAAUGUGUCUGUGGAAGACCCUCACAGGAAGUCUGUGACCAUAGAUGGUCUUCAGCAGAACCAAGAGUAUGCUUUCUCUGUGAGUGCUCUCACUAAGGAUGGACCUGGGCAAGCAACCACCAUCACUGUCAGGACCAAAACUAACUACUCUGCUUACAUGGUUGAGAUUCUGACUCCCACCUUGCUACUGCUGGGCUGCACCUUACUCCUGUGGUCUCAGAGAAAAAUGCUGCAGAAAGGGCUGAAGGGGAUCCUCUUUUAUCCCACUGGGAUGGACAUUAAAGCUCCUGAGUUAGACAGCUUCCUGCAGGAGACUGGUGAGCGUCUGCAGUCCCAGAAGCCAGAGGAGUGCAGAUGCUGUGACAUUGAGAUCCUGAGCAGACCUUUUCUGAACGAAACAUUAACACAGAGGGAUCCUGAACCUCCCCCUGAUUCUCAGUCUUAUCCUCUAACCCAGCCACACUCCUGUGUGCCACUCCGAGCAGAAUACUGUCCACAGCUGUGGAACAGAGCAGCACCUCAGUACAACACAUCUAUCUCUAACGAGUCUUAUUUUCACACCCCUGAAGAGGGACUCUCUGGAACAGAAAGCAUGAUCUCUGAUAACCAAUCAAGCUUUAAAUUAUCAGAGGGUCCAAACGAAUCAUGUCAUGACAUAUAUGGAUAUAUCUCCAAUGAGACUUGAUUAAAGAAAAGCAUAAUCAUCAUAAAUUUAAUGUCUCAAUUUAGUGUGCAUAUACUGUAAAUACAUAACUUUGUUGUUAAAGGUGCAUUAUGUUGAAUUUUCCCACUGAAAUGUUUACAAAAAUGUCUACUAUCAUGUUAUAUAUAUCUUUCAGUUGAGUACUUACAUUACCUCGAACAUUUCCAACAGUUUUCAAAGCCAUAGAAAGUCUUAAUAUUAUAGUUGCAACAAUCUGUGCCCGCCACUACAGUGUCGACAUGUUAAUUGUUGCUGUGAAAACGUUGGAUGUUCCGGCAAAUAUGGCUGGCUAGAUAGGGCGAGUGAACUGCUACUAGAGGCUGCUGUUCUGUUGCUUUAUCUCAUUCAUGUUUUGUGCUGUUUAAUUGUGAUGAACAAUAGUUAUUCUCUGCCAUGGGCUUCACAUCCAAGUGUCCCCCAUAACUUUUGCCCCCAUCCCCUUACUUCAGUGCAGUCCUUCAGUUCAGUGCACUCCACAAAGUGUGUUCACUCAUCAGUGAAACCGUGGUUUUAUUUCAUUGAUAGAGCUUAAAAAAUGAGGGAGAAAAGCUGUUAAAAGUGGCGGAGCUGAGCAGAAUAUCUAUACUUGUCAUGUCUUGCUUUUGUUUUGACUGACAGCUGACAGCCCCCUAGUCACAGAAUGUACAUAAACUUUUUUUAAAUCAUAAUGUGAAUCUUAAGCUUUUCAAAUUUAUUUAGCAAUAAUAAAUACUAUUUUGACUGAUUUAAGUGAACAUGUUAAUGCUUUAUCAUACAGAAAUUUUUUUUAACUGCAAGGUUUUCCUUUAUUUCACUGCAGCAGUGCUGUUAAAAUAUUACCUGGAAGUGAACUUGUACAGAUCAGCAGUUUACUCACUUUAAACUGUGAAGCUACUGAAGAUUCAUGUACAGGAUGCAGCUGUGUAUGCCCUGAUAAUAAAGCUGUUUUUGAAAUUAGAGUUUAAUAUUACAAUUGGUGUUAUAUAACAUAUUUGUUGAAAAACAAGCCUGAUUAAAUUAAUGGAGAAGGCAUGUCAGUAUGAGUUAUGUAAUAAUAAAUGCAUGUAAUAACUAAAGGAUGAUGUGGCUGGCACUUCUUGUUAAACCUUAAUUUAGUUCCCUAUUGUUCCUCUGUCAGUGACUAAACACACAAGAAUUUAACACUUUUACUCCCUCUACCUGCUCAAACAGGAAAUUUCUGCUGACAGUUUGUCUUUAUUGUUUCAAUUUUAGCCCAGUGUAGCCUUCACAGACAGAAAUCAACUAAAUACUUAAUAAAGUGAAUUAAUUUAAUCUCUAGCCUUGUACAUCUCAAGAUGCCAAAUUUAAAGGCAAGAUUCUAGUCUAAGUAGUUUUCAAGCUUUUCUGUGGAUGAAGGAGUAUGAAAGUUGUUACAGGUCGGCGAGUCAUUAACAGAGAGAACUGGUUUAUAGCAGAAAAUUCCUAAUAAGAAUUUUAUUCCAAAAAUAACACACCAUAUGAGCGAGAACUUUGGGUUUCUCUAGAUAUAAAAAAAGUGAUAAUAAUGCUGAUUUUUCCAAUGUUUACACUGUUUUGUUUUCUUCAAUUCAAUUCAAUUCAAUUCACGUGAUCAAAGUCAUGAUUUCAAUCUUAUAAGGAAAAUCUAUUUAGACAUGGUGGUAAGGAAAAAGGGUGCUAUGUUAAUCAAAGAGUGGAAGAUCCUUAACAAACAAACAAACAAAACAAAAACCACACACUAGUCUCCCAUGUUACUGUCCAUUCCAUGGAUAAAUCAAACAUGACAUUUAUGACAUUUAAUUAUUUGCAUUUCUGUCAUCAAAAGAUGGAAAUGCACCAAAAUAACCCAUCAGUAAUAGCCUACUUUUUCGGCACCCUUCUGUCAGGGUACCAAGCGUACCCUUGCAACCUUUAAUGUUGGAGCAAGACAUACUGCUGACUUACACCCCCACCCAGGCCUGCCCACACAUUGGCUGGGCCCUGAGAAAAACCCUAAAUGAGCCCUCGCCAGUUGUGAUUUAUUGAUAAUAUACACUGGUGUGUGUUGGGUCAGUAGUAUUGGUGCUAGCUUCCUGGCAAACAGUUCUUCAUUUUGGAGCUGAAAGUGUGUUACACUUUAAUUGGGCACUGAUGUUCAAAUUAGUUAUUUAUGCCACUUUUUGAUCCAUUUCCAUCACUAUUUCAACUCAUUUUUUUCCCCCACUUUAACCAUUUUUGGCCUCUUAUGAUUUG